CCAUGCUCCAUUCUCCAUCACACUUCGUUCAAUUCAAUUCACUUAUUCUUGCAUUUUGACAAACACAAACACAAUUCCCAUGGCCUUUCUUUAUCUGUUUUCCUUCCUUUCCUUGGUUGUCCUAGCGCCGCCCACCGCCACCGCUAACACUAGCGGUGCCACCACCAUCACUGUACCUCUCUCUCCCGUCACUAAGCACCCCUCCUCAGAUCUCUACCAAAUUCUCAACAUUUUUGCCUCUUCUUCCCGCUCCAGGGCUCAUCACCUCAAGCACCCAAAACACAAAACCAAUACCUCCGAUGUCGUUAAGACCCCAGUCUAUCCCCAUAGCUAUGGAGCCUACAGUGUCUCCCUCAGCUUUGGCACACCAUCGCAGACCUUACCAUUCAUCGUGGACACCGGCAGCAGCCUCGUCUGGUUCCCCUGCACUUCUCGCUACGUCUGCAGCAAAUGCGAUUUUUCCAACGUAGACCCAUCUCACAUCCCCACUUUCAAGCCCAAAUUAUCAUCUUCUGCCAAGCUUUUGGGAUGUAAAAACCCGAAAUGCUCUUGGAUAUUAGGGCCUGAUGUCAAGUCCCAAUGCCAUGAUUGUGACCCGAGUGCCCGGAAUUGUACACAGACUUGCCCUCCUUAUAUCAUUCAGUACGGUUUGGGUUCCACCGGUGGGCUUUUACUGUUGGAAACACUCAAGUUUCCUCAAAAAACAGUGCCGAAUUUCCUCGUCGGUUGCUCCAUUUUCUCGAUGAGGCAGCCCGCCGGAAUUGCUGGGUUCGGCCGGAGCCCUGAAUCUCUACCGUCCCAGAUGGGCCUCAAGAAAUUCGCUUACUGUUUGGUUCCUCGCCGAUUCGAUGAUACGCCGGUCCACAGCAACCUGGUGCUGGAAACCGGAUCGGGUUCGGAUGAUCAUAAGGCCCGAGGCAUCAGUUACACACCGUUUCGCGAGAAUCCAGCUACCUCAAACUCUGUUUUUCAAGAUUAUUACUACCUGACUCUACGGAAAAUUAUCGUCGGAGAUAAGGGCGUUAAGAUUCCGUAUGGUUACUUGGUUCCGAGGUCGGAUGGGAAUGGAGGUAUGAUUGUGGACUCCGGCUCAACGUUCACUUUCAUGGAGAAGCCAGUAUUUGAGCCGGUGGCGCAAGAAUUAGAGAAGCAGAUGGCUAAUUACAGCAGAGCCGCCGCCAUUGAAAAGCUCUCUGGAUUGCGGCCCUGCUUCAACAUUUCCGGUAAGGAAUCUGGGCCUAUACCGGAAUUGAUCUUCCAAUUCAAAGGCGGUGCCAAAAUGACAUUGCCAUUGGAGAAUUACUUCGCCAUCGUUGCUGAUACGAGUGUGGUCUGCCUGGCGAUCAUCACCGACAGUGGAAUCGGUCCGCAAAUCUCCAGCGGGCCAGCAAUCAUCUUGGGGAGCUUCCAACAGCAGAAUUAUUACGUGGAAUAUGAUCUGGCGAAUAAGAGAUUGGGGUUUGUGAAACGGAAUUGCGUGUAAUUGCAAUAUCAGCAAAAGGGUCACAGGACAACGCGACGGCAGCAACGGUGGUGGCGAUGCUGACAGAAAGCAUGUUGACCUUUCGCCGCAAUAAUUAUGAUAAAAAGUUUAAAUAUAUUUAUGUAAAAGGUAAGUUAGUGUGGAAAAGGAAAAGCAGAGGAGGAGGCACGAAAUGCUUUUAAGCAUCGUUCUUUUUCUUGCUUCUGGAUGAAGAAACUUUAUCUUCGUACAAUUUUUACAGUUGAAGUUGCUAAUACUUCUGGUUGAAGACUAGCAUUUUUUUUUUUGUUGGUAAUAGAAAGCAGUAAAUUGGGAAAUUCUGUGCUUUGCAGUCACUGCUGGGCAUAACUGUAUGAGUAAUCGUUUAUCAUGGUGUGGUUUACGCUCUGUUUCCUACGUGCCUAUGAGUCUUCGGUGUAUGCUUUGAUUAAAAUUUAUGGAAAAUA